GAAGUAAGCUCGCUUCACUGUGGGAAGCCACUUCCACUUAGGAAAAUCCGUCUCGUGAGAGUGUUCAGUUUGCAGUUUUUGUAUGAUAUACAGCUUCAGCGAAUUCAAGCUACUACCAGAAAGUCAACUGAGUGUUCGAAUCUAAACACGGAAGUUGCUGCUUUUUGAAGACAUGAAGAAAAGAUAUUAAACGCUGUUGUAUUCAGUGGUGGUUCCUGUACCCCCACGGCGAUCUCACACUGAGUGGAAGGGCGUAGGGUUGAAUGUUUGUAUUGGAAGUUAUUCGCAGUGUUUUUAAAGCAGCACAAACUUGUAGCGGGAGAGGAGAGGAGAGCUGAGGAGAGCUUGCGAAGGAAAGAGCCUGAACACCAUUGCGAUGGACGUCAACGACAACGUUGACUGUUUUUCUUUGCUCUUCCUGACUUUCCUUGACCAAGCACAUUGUUACAACAAAGACUUGGAAAAAGAGCUGCAUAGGCUGAGUCAUGACCUAAAGCUGAGCACAGAUCCAGGUGUUUACAGUGGUGGGAUAGAGUAUGCAGACCAUGGUUUGGUGGACUGGAGCAUUGAAUGUGAUGGUGAAUUGGAAACAGACGGAAACAUUCCCACAAACCCCAGAGAAUUUCUGCAAGGUGUUCUUCCUGAAGUUCACCUGGAAUUACCAGUGAAUCCUGAAGAAGCACAAGCUGUUAGAGAGGUGGCUGCGGAACUCAUCAGAAUUGCAGAUGAACUAAAUCACAUCAUCGUGUCUCGAGCUGUAGAGGGCCUGGCCAGGAACCUGACCAGCAACACUUCCCUGGAGAGCUGGCACAUCCUCCUCAUCCAGAGUGUGGAUAAUUUACUGAAGGAAGUGCCUGGUGUCCAUACAGAGCAAGUAGUGAUGGCCCUCACCUUCUCCCUGGUGAAGGCAGUGUGUGAACAUACCCCUCCCCUGCUGCGGGGUCUCUAUAACGUCGUGAUGCAGUACAUCUCUCCAGCCCGGCCCCGAUGACCUACUCCUCAUGUUGUCAACUUACUUGAACAUCUAUGUUUCUGUAACUAAUAGGCAGACUGCUGAUUUGGUGUUUGUUUAUUUAGUACGGCCCUUUGACCUGCAUGGUCAAAACCAGUAAGUGGUGUAGUGGUGCAGUCUGCAGCUGAGAUUCAGGUUAGAUCCCAGCUGUGCCAUGUUCCUGAGAGCCUAUUUGUGUGUUUCUUGAUCAGGAAAUGGUGGCAUGACAACACUUCAUAAGGAAGCUGUUCAUAGAGAUGCCUGCCUGAAUUGUUCUUCCCACACAUGCAGUGGCUCCUGAUAUGUUGAAGAUGAAGGGCUCACUGAGGCGCAUAAUUCAUCUUUACUCAGCUAUUUACUCACAAUGAAAUGGUUCCGUCGUACUUCAGUGUAAAAUAAAAAGUCUAAAUUCUAGCUAAGUUAGUAGACUGGUAGUGAAUGAGCAAAUUCUUGGUUUCUCUUUUAAGAGCUGCUUUAUCUGUUAUUGCUUUGUUCUGAACACAUUCCUUAAAG